AGUGGUAGUAUUUGUUUAGAUAUUUUAAAGGAACAAUGGAGUCCAGCUUUAACUAUACCAAAAGUUUUAUUAUCAAUUAGUGCUUUAUUAUCAGACCCGAAUCCAGAUGAUCCAUUAGUUCCAGAAAGUGCACACAUUUUUAAGACAGAUAGAACUAGAUUCGAAAGUACUGCCAGAGAAUGGACCAAAAAAUAUGCAUCAUAAAAUAAUCAUAAAUCCACAUAGUUAUUUGCUCUCUAUCCACUCCCAUAUGCAAAGAUAGAAGCCGCCUCCCCUAUAUUUUUAGAAAUAGGCACCUGUUGUUCACUUUAUAUAUUUAAAAUAAAUAAUAUUGUCUAUUUUCUAACAAU